AUGUCUGCCAACAGAGAAAACACGCUGCACGAUUUGCGGAUUGAUGUCUCGGCUCUGCCGGACAUUACGCAACCCGAGAUGGAUUUCCUCGACUCUUCCUUCUUCCAGACCCGCGAUAAUGCUCAAGCUUAUCUAAAUCUUGAGGAAGCGCAAACGUUAUGGGCAAUUCGAAAAGUCUUUCCAAAUGGCGACGUUCCAGUACCAGAACUGUUUGGUUGGCGGAAAUACGGGGAUCGGGUUUUCAUUUACAUGAGCCUUGUGCCGGGAGAAACACUCCGAGAAGUCUGGCAAUCGCUUAAUGAGGAUGACAAGGCUUCACUUCAGAACCGACUCAAGGAGAUCAUUGGUACACUGAGAAAGCUCAAGCAAUCGCCCGAAAUCAUCGGCUCUGCCCGCCGAGGACCACUACAAGACCGUUUCUUUCGGAUAGACGGGGAGAAAAGUCCUUUGUCUAGUAUUAAACAGUUCAACGAUUGGCUGUUCGCUAUUGCAACCCGCCAGGAUCCCCAACCAGGGAAAGAGAUCCAAGGCCUAGACCACCCUGAUAUGUACCGCGACGUGCUCCCGGAUGAAGGCAAUAUUUAUUUUACUCAUGGAGAUCUUACCCUGGUCAAUAUUAUGGUCUCGGGUUCUCCUGGCACUUAUGUUAUCACAGGGAUCAUUGAUUGGGAGCAGGCAGGGUGGUAUCCUGACUAUUGGGAGUAUUGUAAGAUUUUGCUGGGAGUUUAG